UCACAGACUUAAACCGUGGUUUACCAAGAGGUAAUUAUCUAAACUAUAUAUAAUUGAGGCGAGUAUAAUCAAUCAACAUCCGUUUAUUUACUAAGAGACCUAUAAUCCAAAUGUCACCCAAGACCGUCUUCAUCACCGGCUGCGGUCCGGGUGGCAUCGGUUCGGCCCUUGCGACAGAGUUCCAUCUACGGGGCCACCGCGUCAUCGCCUCAUCGGAGGAUCUACCCACACACCUCCAGGAUAUCGGCAUCGAGACGAUGGUCCUAGAUGUCACGUCGCAAGACUCGAUCGAUAAGGCCGUGGCGCACGUGUCCAAGCUCACAGACGGCAAGCUAGACGUCCUGAUCAAUAAUGCCGGUGUCUUGCACAUUAUGCCCUUCGCACACACCGACGUCGCCGCUGCACGCCGCGUUCUCGAUGUCAACGUGCUAGGCGUGUUUGCCGUGACGCAGGCUUUUCUUCCGCUCCUCAUAAGUGCUGCCGCUGCUGCUAGGAAGAGCGGCGAUAGUAGUGGAAGAGAAACUGCGCUAGUAGCGAAUAUCGGCAGCGUCAACGCCCAGCUUAAGCCAGCUUUCUUCGGCAUUUAUAACGCGUCGAAGGCUGCCCUUGACGUUCUAGGUGCCACCAUCCGCCCUGAAUUGGCGCCCCUAGGGAUCCGUAUCGUGACUGUUAAGACGGGUGGCGUCGGGACUGGACUCUUCGCUAACGCGCCCCCGACAAAAUUGCCAGAGGACAGUCCGUAUCAGCCGCUGCGGGAGUACAUUGAAAGUCGGAAAAUGCUGGAGCGGAUACAUUAUAUAGAUCCUGCGACGUAUGCGAAGAAUGUAGUUGAUGAGCUGCUUAAACGCACUGUAAAGCCUGUCAUUUGGUACGGCCCCACGUCGACAAUUGCCUGGAUCUUGAGUUGGUUUGGCUGGGAAGAGAUGACGGACAGUAUCUACAUCAGAGAGAACUUGUUGUAUAAGUGCGCUAUAGAUACAUAGUGCUUUAAGUCAACAAAGCCAGUCCUACCUAUCUAUCAUCACAAGUUCUCGAUUGAGGAAGGAUUAGCGGAUUCGCUUAAAAGAUGUAUAGUUGAAAGGGGAGGACGGUAAGAGAGCAUCGUUAUAUUUAUGA